AAAAUAAAACUCUUUCUCCUUCACUGCCUUUCCUUUCUUUCUAGGGUUUUCAAAAAUAAAAAUAAAAUAAAAGAUUCUCUCAAUUUCGAUAAUCAUACUUAAAAUUUUUUUUAUAAAAAUGACAAAUAAUAAUAAAAAUGGAGGAAAAUUAAUGCCGAAUUUAGAUCAAAACAGUACAAAGGCAUUGAAUCUAACAGUUCUUCAAAGAAUGGAUCCUUAUAUUGAAGAGAUCUUGAUCACCGCUGCUCACGUCACCUUGUAUGAUUUCAAUGUUGACCUCAAUCAAUGGAGUCGCAAGGAUGUUGAAGGAUCUCUUUUUGUUGUUAAGAGGAACACCCAGCCAAGGUUUCAAUUUAUAGUAAUGAACCGGCGUAAUACAGAAAAUCUUGUGGAGAAUCUGUUGGGAGAUUUUGAGUUUGAACUUCAAGUUCCAUAUUUGUUAUACCGGAAUCCUGUCCAAGAAGUCAAUGGUAUUUGGUUCUACAAUGCUCGUGAGUGUGAGGAUGUCGCCAAUCUGUUUACUAGGAUACUCAGUGCUUAUUCAAAGGUUUCCCCCAAGUCAAAAGUGAACAAAAAUGAGUAUGAGGAACUCGAAGCUGUACCUACCCCUGCCGUAGCUGAAAGACCGUUGGAGUUGCCUUUUUCUACAUCCAGUACUACUGAUGUACAGGAGGACUCUCCAUUUGUGAAUUUCUUUAGUAAUGCUUUGAAUUUGGGACAUAAUUCUUCCAAUUCGGCCAGCUCUGUACAAACAUAUAACAAUUCGACAACCAUCCCUGUAUCUUCUCGUGCUUCACCUUCUCCGGUGCUUAAUGGUCUGACGAUGCAAAUGAACUCAUCUACCCCUACAAUACCUCUAUAUGACAAUCCUGACCCUGUGAAUAGCAGCAAUCAUAUCAACAAUCUUAUCAAACCAGUUCCGUUUUUUACACCCUCCUCAUCCUCAUCUCAUGUAAUCCAACAACCUACUUCAUCUGUGCCAAUUGCUCCCCUAAAUGUACAACGCAGUCAUGGUGUUCCCUUACUUCAACCAUUCCCCCCACCAACACCACCGUCCUCUCUUACGCCGAUUUCUAUUUCCCCCGCAAGUUAUGGAACGUUGACCAGAGAAAAAGUUCGUGAUGCACUUCUGCUGCUUGCCCAGGAUAAUCAGUUCAUUGACAUGUUUCACCAAGCUCUGCUGAAAGCACAUCAAUCAUGACAAAGUUUGACGAACCUGUUGAAAAGUUCAUAUGUAGAUCGAGUAUGAAGUGAUUGUAAGGUCACUUGGCAUGUAGUCGUCUUCUUACCCAGUGAUCAUCAGAAGCUUUGUUGCCUGUAACCUUGAUUGAUGCUAUAUUUUUGAGGGAAAUAGGAAACUGAUCAGCUAUAGGUCAAAACAAGCUUUUGCAGAUCAAUGGUGUAGGUGUUGUAAUGAACUUGAAUGUGGUCAUGUUAUGGAGUUAUGUUAGUUUUGAAGGUUGUUCGCCAGGUGAACCUAUUUCUGCAUUCAGCAAUUGUAUUUUGUGUAGAUUGCUAAAUCCUAGUUUGGUCUUGUUAAACA